AUGGUGUCUUCUACCUCUGUUUCUUUGGGCUUGGCACUGCUAGCAGGCGUACCCGCGGGAGCUUUCGUGCAAGCGCCGGCGCGAUGCGCCGUGACGCAACAAGCGGCCAGCCGGGCGAGAGGUAGCAGAUCAACGUCGCCGCUGUGCUUGCUGAAGCAGCGUCCGAGGCCGCCUGUCUCCUCGUACACGACUCUCUUCUCCGAAGGGGAGGACAGCAGUCCUUCAGCAGCGUCAGCAGAGGGUAGCAGUGAGCCCGAUGCUGCUGCUGGUGGUGGUGGGGAUGGGGCGGAGGUAGCGGUCGUCGAGGAGAAGCCGUUGACGGAGGCGGAGCUGGCGCAGAAGGCCAAGAUGGAGGAGAUCGAGCGCCUUCGCGCCAAGGAGAAGUUCACCACGGUCAAGACAGGCGACCACGAGUGCCUUCAGUGCGGUUUCGUGUACAAGCCGGAGAACGCUGGUCAGGGCGCGUUGCCGGGCACGCAGUUCGACGACCUUCCCUCCACGUGGAUCUGCCCCGUGUGCAAGGCGCCCAAGGACACCUUCUUCGCGCAAACAAAAACAAUAGCAGGGUUCGAGGAUAACGCCAACUACGGUCUCGGCGCGAACCAGAUGACGGGUUCGCAGAAGAACCUUCUCAUCUUCGGAAGUCUCUUCGCGUUUUUCGUUCUGUUCCUUGCGGGAUACGCCUUGGAUUAAUUAAGUAGAUGAUAGUCUCUACGGCGCCGUUGUCGGGCGUCAGUGCUGUUAACAUUGCCUGAUGGAUCCACAGCCCAGCGGGAUACGUCAGGGAAGAAGGUGGUGCCGGUCUGCGAAAGGUGUGUAGUAUUUUAUCACAGGUGGUGUGCAACAAGCGAGGCGAGACUGGAGAGAAGAGAGGUGCACUUCGGGACUUCACUCCGAUAUCUUUGCAGACGUCGCCACCAGACGCGAACGGCACGAAGCCUUGAACCGAUCUAUGCAUGGAAGCUUUCGCGGCGGUGGGGAUGAUGUUCGUGUGCGACAUUGCAGCAGCGCUCCUCUUGUCGUGUUCGCGAUCUGUUUGGUGUCACGCGCUCCUCGUUCGUGUUUCCAUCCUCUGAUGAUUAUGAUUUAGACAGACAAACGUGGUUGUUAUAAGAAAAGUGCCAUCGCACACCGAGUUUCGCAGAGAGAGAGUUGGACAGAGAGAGAGAAAAGACGGCGAACUUGAGCUCCAGCACGAGUCGUCAGUGCGUGUUUUGACAGGUGUCAAGCAGCUAUCUAUCAGUUUUGCCCGCGCUUGUGAAUGCACGGUGGGUUCC